AUGGACGAAAGCGUGACCUCUACACCGACAGGGCCGCUCAGCCCACUUCAGACCUCGACACCAGACGGCGUCAAUCAACGCCGCGAGGCCCAUAUGACACCAUUUAAGGCCGAUGGCUACGACAGCCCAGUGCUAGAAAAAAUCAGCCAAUUUAACAAUAUGUCCGGACAAUCCAGGCAGCUGGAACGCAGAACAAACGACGCGUUGAAGAGAGCUGUUCUCGGACGCGAAGAGGCUGAAAUGGAAAUGAAGCGUAUGAGGGAGGAAAUUGAACAGCUGCAUGCAGCCGUUGAGCAGGGCAAAGAACGAGAACGCAAAGUUGGGGAGCGUCUGGAAACCGUCAUGGACAGCUACGGCCGUGCGAAGGAGACACAUGCGCAUACCCAAGCCCUCUGGGAGAAGGAAAUUCGACGAGCGAGAAAAGAAAACUUCAAGUCCCAAUCAACGAUCGUCAAGCUGCAGGAGGAGCUGAAGACGGCACGCACAGCAGCCAAAAUCAACGAAGAGUGCCUAGAGCGCGAAAAAGAGCGCAGUCACACACGAGAACAAGAGGCCUUCACUGCCCGCUACCAGAUAGUAGGCGUCCAGGAACAGCUCGACAAGGCCCUUGAACGAGUCAAGGUGGUCGAGCAGGAGCGUGAUGCGUACAAGACUGCCGCCAAGAACGAGGAGGUUGCACGCAUCGCUGCCGAAGGCCGGCUCCCUCUUCCCUUAGCUGACGAAAUAGACGAGCUGGCGUCACCAAAGAAAAAGGUCCAGAAGAAGCGCAAGCGUGAUUCUGCCAAGGAUGGAGGUCGUGUUUCUCUGUCUGCUAUGGACUUGGUUGGCUCUGCUGCUACGGAAAUUGAAAUCGAAGAGCUUUCGCUGCAAGUUGCUUGGGAGAAGCAUAGAGCUGAGAGAGCCCAGGAAAUGGUUGAAUUUCUACAAGCCGAAUGCCAAAUGCACUCUUGUCGUGGCGCUAGAGAGACUCGCGAAAUUUGCCACGCCACGCCACAAAACACUAUCGAGCCGGUAGAGUCGACUACACCUGCGGAGCGCAUUACUAUAGCCGUUCCGGAUACCAGCGAAGAUACCACCAUUACUAUCGAUUACUUAACCAAGGAGAGGUCUUCGGCUAAGUCUGUAGAGCCUGCAGAGCUUGCCCAGCCCGUUGUCUACGAGCCUGAGCCCAUGGCUGACGUUGAGAUGACGCCUGAGAGACAGGAGAUUCAGCAGCAAAGCACAACCCCCGCAACCGAAGAACGACAUGAAGUUAUGGACGAAGAUGAGCCAAAGGAGGAGCUUGAGGACGACACUGAAAUGCUACCGGAACACAUUCUCUCAGCUGAAUACCACGGCCCAACCAUCGAGGCGCCAGCCAUGGAAGAGCUCCAGCAGCUGCCGGAACCCGCCCCGGAGCCAGUAGAAGAGUUUGAGUCAAUGGUGGAGGAGCGCAAGCUAGAUGCUGAAAAUGCCGCUGACGAGGCCAUGGCGCCAUCUGCCGAUGCCGUUCCGGAGCUUGAGCCGGAGCCUUUUGUUGGUCACCAAAACGAGAGCCAUCACGAAUCUGACGGCGAAGAGCGCCGCGAGUCACUCCCUGACCCCGAGUCUCUUGAUGAACAUCAUUUAAUUAUUAUCAAGCCGAGGAAGGAACGAACCAGCACCAUUUUCUGCCCUAAGGAGGGUGUUUUCCGCACAGUUUCGGAACAGGAAGCCGAAGCCGCAGCUCUGGAGGAGCGUUUCCAGCCGAAGCCUGUUGAGGAAGAGAUGGAGGAUAGUCUCGAUAUUAUCCUUCCCGAUGCGAUGGAAGAGGCGAGAAGCCCCCGUCUAUAUGCCAGGACUCCGUCGGUUGAGCCGCCGGCAUGCGCCAUUAUGUCGAGAGAUUGUUUCACCAGAGACCGCACUUCUCUUCAGUCUCUGCUGAGCGCCCCGCAUAGCGAGGUGGAGUCAUCGAUUCCCAAGACAUUCAAUAUCCCAACUGUGGAGGAUUACGAGUCCAGGACCGAGAUCGCAGUUGACGAUGUUGCUGAGGAAGCCGUUGUAGACGAGGAUGAGUAUGAAGCGCGCCUGGCGCCUGGCUCCCCUACGCCUACAAUGUACUCGUCCACGAGUCGUUUUAAAGUUACAACAACAACCGUUCCUGUGCGCGAUGAAUCGUCUCAGCACAGUUCUUCGUUCAACGAGAAGCUUCGGACCCCCUCGGCGAGCAGCAGUGCGAGCUUUGAUCUCACCGACCCAGCUCUCACGCCAACUAUGACGCGUGAACAAGCGCUUGCCAAGAUUCGAGAGCGAAGAGGGCGCGCGCGAAGCAUUGCCCAGGCGACUGCGCUCGUCCUCGGCCAAGGCCCCUCUCAGCAAGACAACUCCGAGAACCAUCUCAAAAACCACUGCGACGACUGCGACACGGGCCAGGCCUGCACCCAAGCCAGCAACCAAGCCAAUCAGCAGGCCAACAAGCAGGGCGGCAAGCAGGGCCCCUAG